UGUGCCUUAAAUUUCCUCCUUCCUUGUAAUCAAAUUAGGUUUAAGCUUAAACUUUAAAAAGCAGUCACUAAUUUAAAAAAUCGCACAAAUUUCGGCAGGCUGAAAAAUGUUUUCGAAGUCGGUACUUUCUUUUCUCAUGCUAGGCAUCUUUUUUUAUGGAGAAAAAGUCAAAGCCGAUGCUUCAAAUUAUGAAAAAUUACUGGAUAAAAUAUCGAAGUUGGAAGUUAAGGUCGGAAUUCUGGAAAAUGAAGUUGAACUAAAAGACAGGUUGAUGAAAUAUAUCAUUGCUGAGCAGAUUGAAGAGACGAAGAAAUGUACAUCUGCCAAUUCAAAUGAAAAUCCAAUUAUUGCCUUUAGUGCUCAUACCAAUACUAAAGGCAGCUAUUCCACAGGGGAAACGUUCGUGUUCGGUAACGUUGUUCUUAACAAAGGGAAUGGCUACAAUGCUGUUAAUGGCAGGUUCACAGCUCCAGAAAGUGGCCUGUAUCAGUUUAUGGUACACGUUUGCAACUUAUCAGAAAAACAUGUUGUAACAGCUAUUGUACAUGAUCAUACAAUUAUUUCAAAUAGUGUUCAGUAUCAAACGUCCGGGAGUAGUUGUAGCACGGUUACAGCGUUACGAAUGGUAGAGAAAGGAGAAGGUGUUUUUGUGAAAUGCACUUACCCCACUUGGUUUAAAAACGAUGUUCACCGACGUUCAACGUUCUCGGGCGUCCUUCUUCAUCGUCAAUAAAAUAAGAGGACAAGAU